AUGAGCGAUGACCUCCCGGCGAUCAUCGUGGACAACGGGACCUUCCAGAUCAAGGCAGGCUUCGCUGGCGACGAUCUUCCCAGAGCAAUCUGCCGGUGUGUCGUGGGCCACCCCAAAGAAGGAGGGGACGACUACCUUGUGGGGGAAAACGCAGAGGAAAAGUCUGCAUCGAUGAAUCUGAAGCACCCCUUAGAGCGCGGCUUCGUCUACAAUUGGGAGGACAUGAUGAAAGUGUGGUCUCACGUGUUCUACAAUGAGCUGCGCGUUACGGUUGAGGAGCAUCCGGUCAUCAUGACGGAGCCACCCCUGAAUCCCAAGGAGCAUCGUGAGUACCUGACUUCGCUCAUGUUCGAGAGCUGGAACGUGCCGGCUUUCUAUGUGGCAACCCCGGCCGUGCUUUGCCUCUAUGCCUCAGGGAGGACCACGGGCCUUGUGGUCCAAAGCGGAGACAGCAUCUCGCACGUCGUGCCGGUGAUUGAGGGUUGUAUGCUUGCGGACGGUGUGGUGCCGUUCGAGAUCGCAGGCAAUGACCUGACGGACUUCAUGGAGAAGCUGCUGGCUCAGCGUGGCUAUGCUGAGAGUGACUAUGGUUUUCAGACGCUGGCAGGCCGCAAGGUUGUGCGUGACGUGAAAGAAAAACUUUGCCGCGUGGCCAAUGAUUUGGGUCGAGCCAUGGAGGAGUACGACGCGAGCCCAGAACCGAGGACGUACUGCCAUCCGGAUCCGCGUCUGGAUAUGGCCCUUGGCACGGAGUGCUACCGCUGUCCAGAAGCGCUCUUCAACCCAGUUCUCAUCAGCAAGGAGGGCCCCAGCAUGCAUCUGGCCAUCCUACAUGCGAUUGAGCGAGUGGACCCGGGCUUCAAGAAGGACCUCUGGUCGAAUGUGAUUCUCUCUGGCGGCAACACGAUGUUCCCGGGCCUUCCCGAUCGCCUGCUCAAAGAGCUUGGCGAGCUGGUGCCCGAGAUGAAGGACCACAUCAAAGUUGUGGCCUCGCCCGAGCGGCGGUAUCUGCCCUGGGUGGGCGCUUCCGUCCUCACCUCCCUGGGCAGUUUCGAAGACAUGUGGGUCACGAGAGCCGACUACGACGCCGAAGGGCCCACAGCGGUUCGGAAAUGCCGUUGA